AUGGGAAUUGGAGGCACCAUUGAGCCGCGACUCUGCAACCUCUCCUUCCUUGCAGAACUUGACCUCAGCAACAACAGUUUCCAUGGACACUUGCCCAAUGGACUUGGACACUUAUCUCGAUUGAAACGAAUCGACUUGUCCAGGAAUCAGUUUGAUGGAAUGAUUCCACCCAGCUUGUCAAACUGCCGGAAACUUGAAGAAAUUUCACUCUCACUCAACCAGUUAACUGGUGGUGUCCCAAGAGAGCUUGGAAUGUUGCCUAAUCUCCGUGUCUUAGCCAUUGCAAAUAAUAGUCUGAAUGGCACUAUCCCACCUUCCAUCGGCAACUCUUCCUUACUAGAAGUGCUUUCAUUUUACAGCAACAACCUACAAGGAAGCAUUCCAUGGGAGAUUGGAGAUCUUCUUAACUUGCGGGAAUUACGUCUGGAUAAUAACCAACUAACGGGUACCAUUCCUUCCACCAUAUUUAACAUCUCUACUCUGCAGUAUUUUUAUCUCACAAAUAACAGCUUAUCUGGUGGCCUUCCGAUGAAUAUUGGGUAUAGCUUUCCCAACCUUGUAUAUCUUUACCUUGGCAUGAAUCAAUUCGGUGGCCCCAUUCCAUCAAGUUUAUGUCGGUGUGGAAGGCUUGAAGUUCUAUCAUUGCGUGCCAACAACUUCACUGGAAGCCUACCCAGAGAAAUUGGGAGCUUGUCAAACCUUAAGUACAUAGUUGUCUACCAAAAUUUCCUCACAGGUACUAUUCCUCCAUCUAUAGGUAACCUUUCAAAUCUGGUGAUUCUUGAUUUGAGUGAAAACUACCUGGUUGGUAAAAAUAUUCCACGAGAAUUGGGUUAUCUGCAAAAUCUGCAAUGCCUGAACUUUAGAGCAUGUAGUCUUACGGGAUCAAUACCAGAAGAGAUUUUUAACAUUUCAACUCUUGAAUCGGUUGACUUAGGUUAUAACCGUCUGUCUGGGCAUCUUCCUUCAAAUAUGGGACAUUCGCUUAACCAACUUGAAGAAUUGAACCUAAACAAUAACAGCCUCAGUGGGCCAAUACCUGCUUCAAUCUCCAAUGCUUCCCAAUUAAUUACUCUGUGCCUCUCUAGAAACUCAUUCAGUGGACCAGUGCCCACAUCGUUGGGGAAUCUGCAACAACUCCAAAUUCUCAUCUUGGCCCAUAACGACCUAACUAGUCAACCAGAUUCUCCAGAACUGGUGUUUCUCAGUUCACUAACAAAUUGUAGGUUCUUGGAAGUUUUGAACGUAGAUCAUAAUUGGUUGAAUGGCAUCCUUCCUGAAUCUCUCGGGAAUUUGUCAGCUUCUCUUAGAAAACUUGCAAUGGAAGGGUGCCAAAUUAGGGGAAGUAUUCCCAAAGGGAUUGGUAACUUGAGCAGUUUAAUCGCUUUGGGUUUUGAUUACAAUGAUAUCAGUGGGACCAUUCCGUCAACGAUACAAGGGUUAAAGAAGCUUCAAGGUUUAUCCUUCGAAGGAAAUAACCUACAAGGAUCCAUACCAAAUGAGAUAUGUUCCUUGACAAAAUUGGUAAAUUUGAAACUUCUUGGAAAUAAACUCUCUGGACAAAUACCAAACUGCAUAGGGAAUCUCCGUGUGCUACAAAAUCUCUACAUACAGUCCAAUAUGUUAACAUCUCCAAUUCCUUUAAGCCUAUGGACUAUUCCAGAUCUCUUAUUUCUGAACAUGUCAGAUAAUUCCUUGCAUGAGAGUCUACCUGCAGCAGUGGGAAACUUGGAGACCUUAGUUCAACUUGAUAUAUCUAGGAAUCAGUUAUUUGGCAGCAUUCCAAGUACCAUUGGUGACCUCCAAAGAUUAAACCAUUUGAGCUUGUCACGAAAUUCAUUUCAAGGCCCUCUUCCAGAAUCAUUGGGAAAUAUGGCAGCAUUCCUAAAUCGAUGGAGAAACUUUCGCUUCUCAGUUACUUGA